AUGGCCCCUCCGCCCCCACGCCCCAUCAUGGCCCCUCCGCCUCCGCCUCCGCCUCCGCUGUCCGCCAUCCCGUCGCGGCUCCACCGCAUCCGGCCGCCGCCGCUGGCCCCGCCCCCCGCCCCCUCCCACCUCCUGCCGCCCCAGGCCGCGGCGGCCCCGCCGCCGGCGCGGCCUGUCAUGGCCCCUCCGCCCCCGCGCCCCAUCAUGGCCCCUCCGCCUCCGCCUCCGCUGUCCGCCAUCCCGUCGCGGCUCCACCGCAUCCGGCCGCCGCCGCUGACCCCGCCCCGCCCGGCGGCCAUCCUGCCGUCGCCGGCCCAGCCGACGCUCUCCCCUCUCCCGGCGCUCCCUUCGGUCUGCAUGUCGGCGGAGUCCCCCAUCUCGGCCUACAUGCGCCGGCUCCGCGGGAUGCCGUCGCCGAUCCUCGUGCCCACAUCGCCGCUCGGGUUCGGGUGCCUCCACUCGCCGCGGGCGCCGACGUCUCCCGGCGUGGCCAUGCCGGCCACCAGCCCCCGCGUCCGCGACCCGUGA